AUGUCUCGCUUUGAAAAUAAAGGGCUGAUACUGGGCGUAAUGGCAGGGGGUGCAAACCUGAUGCUGAUUUGGUACCGUAAGAUCCACAAGCCUGGUGCAGCUGUGCGUAUACCUGCGUUCCCAGAUGUAGGUAACAGGCUUAAUUCUGUGCACUUGCAAAAUGAAGCUUCUAACGAGCAAGGAACAGUGAUGGUUUUACACGGAAGGCAACUGCAGAUACUAGAAAAAUUGAACGGCUUGCUAGUAAGCGUGGACGAACUGAAGAGAGAGGUGAAAUUUCUGAAAGAAGCUAUCCCAAAACUUGAAGAGCUUGUUCGAAAUGAGCUUGAAGGGAAGGGAGAUGCCCAGAGAGUUAGCCCAUCGCACAGAGCAGCAAGGCGGAGAAAAGCUGAGACACCUUCUGGUGCAACAGAAACUACCAGCUCUGAGGAGGCCGAAAGUGAAGGAGGUUAUCUUACAGCUCAUACUGACUCUGAAGGAGACUCCGAGGAGGAAAGGGGAUGUAUGAAAUCAACCAAUGCCAGUGUGAAAUCAGAAGAAGAAGAGUUAUUUAAUCUUUUACAGCAGGUGGACAGUUUGCACAAGGGUUCAGAGAAUGAUAAAAAAGAGGCCUUCAGACUUCUGCUUGAGAAAGAUGACAAGUAUGAAAACUAUGUGGACUUCCUUUGGAGACUUGCACGUGCUUACGGAGAUCUGUUUGAUAUGACUACUGAUGCUGAGGAGAAGAGGAAAUAUGCUACUGAUGGAAAGAUUAAAGCUGAAAAGGCUGUUCAGCUGGAUGCCAGGAGUGCUGAGAGUCACCAGUGGUAA